AUUUCUCUAUCUCACGCACACACUCACACAGAACAAUGACAUCUUUGCAACUACUCUCAAACCCUAAACCCUUCUCUUCCUUGUACUCCUUUACCGUAAUCCCUCUCAAUCCCUUCAACCCCAAAACCUUGAGACCUCCGAAUACCUUCCAAAAACCCAAACUCUACCCUACCAAAACCACCAUUCUAUCAGUCCUCCAAUACAACCGCAAGCCCCAGCUAGCCGGUGAAACCCCAAGAGUCGUGGUCAUCACCUCCGGCAAAGGCGGCGUCGGCAAGACCACCACCACCGCCAAUGUGGGUCUCUCAUUAGCCCGUCUCGGCUUCUCUGUCGUCGCCAUCGACGCAGACGUCGGCCUCCGCAAUCUCGACCUUCUGUUAGGCCUCGAAAACCGCGUUAAUUACACCGUCGUCGAGAUCCUCAACGGCGAUUGCCGCCUCGACCAAGCCCUAGUCCGCGAUAAACGCUGGUCCAACUUCGAAUUGCUCUGUAUAUCGAAGCCCAGGUCCAAACUCCCAAUUGGGUUCGGUGGAAAAGCACUAGUUUGGAUUGUGGAAGCAUUAAAAGAUCGCCAAGAAGGUUGCCCCGAUUUUAUACUCAUAGAUUGUCCCGCGGGUAUUGAUGCCGGAUUCAUUACGGCGAUCACGCCAGCUAAUGAAGCGGUUUUGGUCACCACGCCGGACAUUACGAGCUUAAGGGAUGCUGAUAGGGUUACUGGGUUGUUGGAAUGUGAUGGAAUUAGGGACGUAAAGAUGAUUGUGAACCGUGUUCGGACAGAUAUGAUUAAAGGGGAAGAUAUGAUGUCUGCUCUGGAUGUUCAGGAGAUGUUGGGAUUGGCAUUAUUGGGGGUGAUUCCGGAGGAUUCAGAGGUUAUUCGGAGUACGAAUAGGGGGUUCCCACUUGUAUUGAAUCAGCCACCAACAUUGGCGGGGUUGGCUUUUGAGCAGGCUGCUUGGAGGUUGGUUGAGCAGGAUAGUAUGCGGGCUGUGAUGGUUGAGGAGGAGCCGAAGAAGAGUGGGUUUUUCUCGUUUUUCGGGGGCUAAAAACUGAACUCGGUUAGAAUUCUUGGCCUAGUUUUGAGGAAUUUUAUUGCAAUUGUGAUCACUGGAGGACAAGUAUCUGGCUUCUGCUUUUAGUUGGAGCUGCUUGUUGGGAGAUGAGGUGUAGUUGAGAAGCUGUGCAUAGUAGGGGCCUAAAAGGUUUUGGCCGAUUCCUAUCAACAUGAUGCACCUCUUAGUAGAGGGGCAUGAAAAGGCCACGGAGACUAUGACCUAUGAAUAGGGAUCAAUUGAUAGACAUUUUGAUUUAGAAAGAGAAUCUAGGAGGAACGCUUUUUUCAUUCGCUGUGCACUGAUUGGAUGCGUGAUCACGGGAUCAAUCAAUGGACGGGGAAUUGCGUGAAUGACGAGACUGGCCUAA